ACUUUCCUGGCCGGCUGCACUGCAGUGACCUCUUCUCACCUCCCACCUCCUCUCUCUCUCUCCCCUUUCCUUUACCCGCCGCCGCCGGCGUCCAAGAAGCGCGGGGGUUGGUAGGGCGGUGACCGGCGGCGAGGUCAAAGGGAUUGCUUGCUGCUAGUGCUGGGCAGGUACAAAAUAGUCGCUUACUCCCAUUCUCUCACUACCUCAAUUCCACCUGCUGCUGCUGCCUGCGACACCGUAUUCCAGAUCACGCCGUGGAAAAAGGUCUCUCAUCUUUCGUUUAUUUCCUUCCCUUUUUUUUUCUUUCCCUCUUAUUUAUUUCUUUCAGGUUGGUUCUUUUUCUGCCAAUUCCUGGAGAAUCGCGCCCUUUUUUGGCUCCCAAGAUUCUUCCCCCCUCCAUUUCUGCGUCUUUUCCACGCCACGGUGACGGCGACGAGCUUGCUUUUUUUUUUUUUUUCUUUUUUGGGGCCAAUUAGUGAUUCUUUGUCCGGCCUUGCGAUUGCUGGAGUUGUGUUGGGGAUCGAAACCGAGGUGAGCCGAUGAGCAAGAGGAGUUGCGGCGGCGGCGGCGCGCGGUUGCAAUGCGCGGCGGCGGAUUGGGGCGGCUGCUUCCUCGCGCUGCCACCGGCGGCGGCGGCGGCGGUGCCCUCAGGCGGUGACACCGAUGGCGGAUUCAACCUGGCGUGGACUCUCCACCAGUCGUUCCACCCUGCCUCCGGCCUCUUCGCCAGCGUCGGCGUCGGCUUCCCGGCGACCUCCUCGAGCUCGCCGUCGCCGCCGGACGCUCCCGGAGACCCGUAUGCCAAGUAUGUCUCGCCGGAGAUCGAGCACCAUGCUCUGCCCGGUCAAAGUGUGGAGGUGGAGCUAAUGGAGAAGGGGAAGAAGAACAAGAAGAAGACGAAUAAAGCAUUCAAGCUCAAGAUCAAGGUGGGCAAUCCCCACCUGAAGAGGCUGAUCAGCGGGGGGAUCGCCGGCGCGGUGUCGAGGACGGCCGUCGCGCCAUUGGAGACGAUCAGGACGCAUUUGAUGGUGGGGAGUAAUGGGAAUUCGACCGCGGAGGUGUUCCAGUCCAUCAUGAAGCAUGAAGGGUGGACUGGGUUGUUCCGCGGUAACUUUGUUAAUGUCAUUCGAGUCGCCCCGAGCAAAGCAAUUGAGCUCUUCGCUUUUGAUACAGCUAACAAGUUCUUGACCCCCAAAUCUGGGGAACAAAAGAAGGUCCCACUCCCUCCUUCACUAGUGGCUGGGGCAUUUGCUGGUGUCAGUUCAACCCUCUGUACUUACCCUCUGGAAUUAAUUAAGACACGAUUAACCAUACAGAGAGGUGUAUAUGAUAACUUUCUCCACGCUCUUGUCAAAAUUGUCCGUGAAGAAGGCCCUACUGAGCUGUACCGAGGUUUAACGCCAAGUUUAAUUGGAGUUGUGCCAUAUGCGGCGACCAACUACUUUGCUUACGACACCCUUAAGAAGGCCUACAAGAAGAUGUUCAAGACGAAUGAAAUCGGCAACGUUCCUACCCUGCUCAUUGGGUCGGCCGCAGGAGCUAUCUCAAGCACAGCUACUUUCCCCCUCGAGGUUGCACGCAAGCACAUGCAAGUUGGCGCAGUCGGUGGCAGGAAGGUCUACAAGAACAUGCUUCAUGCUCUCCUGAGCAUUCUGGAGGAUGAAGGGGUUGGAGGGCUUUACAGGGGUCUGGGGCCAAGUUGCAUGAAGUUGGUGCCAGCCGCCGGUAUUUCGUUUAUGUGCUAUGAGGCUUGCAAGAAGGUAUUGACAGAGGAAGAGGAUGACUGAAUAGUGUGUCCUUACACUCUUCAGAGCGCAGUUUUGCAACUUUUUUGACUGGAGGCAUCUUUUGGGCUUGAUUUGGAAUCAAAUCAUGCUGGAAUCGGAUGAAACUCGUGUAGUUUCUUAAGAAUUUUUACCCCAACUCUGUGCUGUCAGCUUGGCCUGAUAAAACCUGCCUCUUUCCCCAGUUUUGCUUCAGGAUAUCAUAUGCAGAGAACAUGUCCAAUAACUGAUUUCUGCUGAGUUUAUGAAGUGGUUGAAACGCAAAUGGGCAGUCAUAAUUCCCAGGUGGUGAAACAACUACGAGACUCUGUAAUCUGUGUGCAGCUUUGCAAGUGCAUGAAAGGUUCAUUUGAUCCA